UUUUGUAAUUGGAACUCAGAUUACAAUAAUGUGCGGGAAGACGUUAUUUUCAUCCACGGAUUCAUAUCAUCGUCCGCAUUUUGGACGGAGACGCUUUAUCCGAAUUUCUCAAAGUCCGCGAAAUCAAAGUACAGGCUAUUUGCAGUGGAUCUGCUUGGUUUCGGGCGCAGCCCGAAACCAACAGAUUCGCUCUACACAUUAAGAGAGCAUUUGGAGAUGAUAGAAAGGUCGGUUAUCGAAGCGCAUAAGGUGAAAUCUUUCCACAUUGUAGCUCAUUCACUUGGCUGCAUUUUGGCUCUUGCCCUUGCUGUCAAAUACCCUGGCUCUGUCAAAUCCUUGACAUUACUUGCACCGCCGUAUUUUCCAACACCAAAAGGGGAGCAAGCCACACAGUACAUGAUGAGGAGAGUGGCCCCACGGCGCGUGUGGCCGGUGAUUUCAUUUGGCGCGUCGGUGGCAUGCUGGUACGAACACAUAAGCAGGACUAUAUGCCUGGUCAUAUGCAAGAACCACCGCAUAUGGGAAUUUCUCGCCAAACUAGUGACCAGAAACAGGAUGAGAACGUACUUGAUGGAGGGAUUUUUCCUGCACACACACAACGCAGCGUGGCACACACUACACAACAUAAUAUGCGGUACCGCCGGAAAAAUAGAGAGUUAUCUCGACGAAAUCAAGAAUCGAUUGAAAUGCGACGUCACAAUAUACCAUGGUAAAGACGACGAAGUUAUCCCUGUCGAGUGCAGCUACAACGUGCAGUCAAGAAUCCCACGUGCGCACGUUAAGGUUGUCGAAAAUAAGGACCACAUCACCAUUGUUGUUGGAAGGCAGGACACUUUCGCUCGGGAGCUCGAGGAAAUUUGGAAGAACGCAAGUGAUAAUUAAUUGUGAUCUACCUUCAAGAAAGUGUUUUUUUUUCUUUCUUUUUUUUUCUUCUAAAUGUGGAUCAAAAUUGUAAUUUGAUGUUUUAUAAGGUCUUGUGUAUUAUAAUAAUUACUAUUAUUAUUAUACUUAUUCUUAUAAUAAUUGUUUAUUAUUAUUAUUAGAAGAAGAUGAAGAAGUGUUUCUUUCUUAAUUAGUGAUUUGAAGUGGUAAAAGGAAAAGGAUUUGUUGUGGAGAAGGGCAAAGAAGCCAACCCCCAAUAUAUAUGUAUAUUCAUUUGAAUUAUUGGUUUUUCA